CAUAUGAAAACGGCCGUAAUACGUACGUAAUCAUAAUGGCAACUAUCAGAGCUCUUGUCAAUUGUACCAGAACACUAAGAGCACAAACAGGCUCUGGUACUGGUGUAACACAAUCAUGGCUUAAAUUAGGGAAUUACGCUGCUACCGGAGAUGUAGAACAGGAAGCUUGCUGGAUAGAUUUAAAAAACAAAGAACUUGCAGUGUCAAACACAGUACAGGGAGCCGAGAAGACAAAUGAAGGAGUGGACUGGGACAAGUGGGAAAAGCUUAUCGCCCACAAGGAUAUACUCCAACACAUGAAACGAACAUAUGACGCAAAUAUGGCAAUGAUUGAGCGUACAGCAAACAUGGAAGGUGAUAUGUCACACCUAGAUACAGACUGGGAGCUAUAUGAAAAUGCUCGACAAAACUGUAACCAAGCUACACGGACAGUAAAGAAGAUCAUUGCAGAUGGAUCCAAGGCAUUGUGGGUCUCACAGAACAACCCACCAGCAUGGAAAGUGGAUACCAACGAGUGGCUGGAAAGCGACCAAUAUUGGCAAGCAUUCGUCGAGAAACAUGCCAUGUACUCACAAUCAGGAGAUGCACCCGACCCAGAAGCACCAGCUAUUGUAGAAGCUAACAAGGCCACGUGGAAUACUAAUAUGGCCAAGUUCAACGAACGUACAGAUACACCAAUGCUGUACGAUUACAUGCAUCACCUGCCAGCAUGGGAGUUUUACGAUAUUAACAGAAAACAGUUCUACGAACACAUGACAUACUUCCUGCUACGAACAGGUGAUGAUUUCAGGCAUUUCCCAGAUAUGCCAUCAUGGAAGUGGCUGACCCACAUAGAGGACCUUAGGUUCAAACAGUUUGCAGUGGCACAUCGUCGUAGAGAAAAACGCCAAAUUGAACGUGUAGCAAGAUUCGAACCGGAUGAUUUCGGCACCGGAGAGGAACAGACAGGUGAAGAAACUGAAAUGGCAAUACUAAACCACGAGAAACAUGCUACAGAAUUGACAUUGGCAAAACUAAUGGGCAACUUCGCAUUCUUGUGCGAUCCACUAGUACCAGUACAAACGAGGUUCCAGUUACAUUAUAUACUGUCAAAGGACGGAUAUGCCGAACAUGGACAAACAAAAGUGUUGACACUGGGAGAUGAUAUCAAUGCGCUUUUCGUACUACCCAAAAAUGCAGCGAUAGGCGCACCGCUGCCAACACCAUUGGAAUGCUUCCAUAAUAUGAUGGAACAUUACCGAAUAUCAGGAAUGAGAAUAAAUCCCACAUACGCAACAAGAACGGAACACCAAACCGAGCUCAUACACCAACGUGGACCUAAUUGGCUAAAGCUGCCACAUGAAACUGUAAUGGAAGCCUAUCUACGACGCAUGCGCAAAGACGAUCCAUUACGCAAUGCAUUCACAGAAUAUGCAGCAGAAUUAAGGGAACGAAUUGCAGGAGCAAAGGAAGUACCAAAGGAACAAUGGGAAAGUAUGAUAACAGAAAUUGAAAAGGCAUCAAAAGAAGAUGAUAUGGCCAUAAAACAAAUGGAAAAUGCUAAACACGGAAAAAUGGCACAAAAAUUGAUUGAAAGUGAUCUACAGAAACUAAUGGAUGAAGGACACAUACUAGUUCUAGACCCAACUAACAACAACAUAGUGAACAACGCUACAGAAGUAGAAGCAGCACUAAAAAUGUGAACACAUAACU